UGCAACAAUAUGGAUGGAUCUGGAGGAUACUAUUCUUAGUGAAUCUUAAGUAAGACAGAGAAAGACAAAUGCUGUAUGUUAUCACUUGUAUGUGGAAUAUAAAAAAAUAAAAUGAAUGAAUAUAACAAAACAGCAACAGACUCACAGAUAUAGAGGAGAUACUAGUAGUUACCAGUUGGAAGAGGGAAGUGGGAGAGGAAAGAUAGAGGUCAGGGAUUAAGAGGUCCAAACUACCAUGUAUAAAAUAAAUAAGCUACAAGGACAUAUUGUAUAGCACAGGGAAUAUAGUCAAUAGUUUAUAACUUGAAAUAGAAUAUAAUCCCUAAAAAUACUGACUAUGCUGUACACCUGAAACUAACAUAAUAUUGUAAAUCACUAUACUUGAACUUAGAAAAAGAAAAAGGGCAUUGUCCCACAGCCCUUAACAUGCUAACCAGAGUAGAGAAGCCCAUCUCAAAAAAAUGCUGUGGGCAUAACUUCUGUUCACUGGAGUAGACUCAAGUCAGAUUCAUAUGAGCCCACAAAUUUUUUUAAAAGUAAAUUUAAUUGGAGUAUAGUUGACUCAGAAAGUUGUGUUAGUUUCGGGUGUACAGCAAAGUAAAUCAGUUACACAUAUACAUAUAUCCAUUCCUUUCCAGAUUCUUUCCCCAUAUAGGUUAUUACACAGAUUACCCACAAAUUUUUUUGAGUUGAACUAGCAGAAAAACCUUCAAACUGAUCUAAGAGGGACUGAGACUGCUCAAUUUUCACAUUUCGACUGGAUCUCGAAUUUCUGUAGGCAGAGAGGGAGCAAGCCAUUAAGCUGCAAACACAGGCCACUUCUUAUAUAAAAGUAUGAACCAUGGGGCCAGGUUAAGAGUCCAGAGAAUGGAAGUAAGAGCUAUGGAUAGCAGCAGUGAACUUGGAAGCCACUUUUAGGGAGUAGAAUUAUGAUCUAAUCAAGGAUCUCUCUGCUCCAAAAAAAAGGAGGACCUGGCAACAUGUGGAUUCCACAGUUGUUAUAGGCCAGUCACUCUUUUGUAUGUCUGUUUUCAAAUGGGAGUAUUUAUUUUAGUUAUCUUGUUCCUGAAUUACCAUUGUAUGUUGGGGGAUGGUGGAGUUAACCUAUGUGACAGAUUGUAUUUCUCCAAAGAUGGCCACAUCAACAUAUAGAUUAUCCUACAUGCUGUUCUCACAAUGUGACAUUGACAGCUUUCCAUCAAGAUGGUGGCAUUUAUGUUCCUUUCCCUUGAACCUUGCACCUGGGUAGACUUUUGUAACUGUGUCAGCCAAUCAAAUAUGGUAAAAGUAAUGCUGCAUGACUUCUGAGGCUAGGUCAUGAAAGGCAACAAAGAUUUCACCUGACACUCUUUCACUUGCUCUUGCUCUCACUCUCUGUCUCCCCUUGACCUUGGAGUACUAUGUCGUGAGGAAGCCCAGUCAAUGCAAAGAGGUUAGUAUGGGUGUUCCGGCUGACAACCCUGGAUAGGCUCCUAGCCAACAGCUACAAGCCACACACGUGAGUGAACAAGGCCUCAAGAUGAUGCUAGCCUUCACCUUCAACUGAAGGUGUCUUUCAACUAAAGCCCAGACAUCAUAUAACAGAAACAAACUAUAACCUCUGAUGCCUUGUCUGAAACAAAAGCCAAGGAGGUAAUGCAUUAUUUUUGUAUUGUUCUAAGCUACUAAAUGUAGGGAUAACUUUUACAUGGCAAUAGAUAACUAAUGCACAUUGUUUUACAGUUCAUAUGUCUCUGGAAUAACAAGCUACCUCUGCUUAUGACUAUAGAUGACAAAAGCCUAAACUUUGAGCUGAUGAUAUAAUUGGAUGAAACUUUUGGAGUCUUGGGAGAAGUUAAGUAUAUUUUGCAUAGAGGAGGAACAUGAAUCAUAUGGACCAGAGGGUAGACUGUGUUAUAUUGUCAUAUUAAUCACUUCCAGUGAAAAUCACUUCCUCUCUGUAUCCAUGCCCUUGGUUAAUCCUCUGCUAUACUGACUCUGGGCUUGACUGUGAGAUUUGCUUUAGCCAAGGUGAUACAAGCAAAAUCUUAAAAGUAGCUGCACUUUGCAGCUUCCCCUUCUUGCUGCUGGGAACCCUAAGACCACCAUAUGAAGAGGCAUGGCCUUAGGUCCUACAGGAUAAAAAACUGAUGGAGAGGGAGCCCAAAUAUCCCAAUCAUUCCAGCUGAGGCCCCAGAAUUAACCAGGUAAAAAAAGGGCAUAGUUAUGCAAAGCAGAGAGGACAGCAUGAGUAAAGGCACAGAGUCAUGAACCAGCAGGGUGUGUGCAGUUCUAUAUAACUAUAGGGUAAAGCUUGAGAGGUGGUAUUGCCAUAGGUCCUGGAGAUGUAGACAGGGACCAAGUCACAAAGACAUUUUAUGUUUUGUUUUCAUUCUUUCUUCCUUAGGAUCAUUAGGAGUUUUAAGCAGGGAAGAGACACGAUCAGUUAGCAAGUUAAAAAGAUCACUUUGGUGGCAGAAUGAAAGAUGGAUGAGAGAGGUGAAAGUUGGGAGAUAUUAGGAGGCUGAGACAAUGGUGUGAACGAGAAGUGAUGAGUGACUUAAUUAAAGCAGUAGUAGAAGUGGCAAGAAGGGGAGAAAUAUAGGAAACAUUUAGGCGGUAAAAUAUGGAGAGGGAUUGAAUGUCAAGGUUGUGGAGAAAGAGCAGUAUUUAGGAGCAGACUCUGGUUUCUGGCUUGGGUAGAACUAGCACCAGUCACUGAGAGAGGAAAUACAUGAAGAGUAAUAAGGCCUUUGCUUUGUUCUGUUUCAGUGAAAGGAGGUUGAGUUGAGUUUUGAGCAUGUCAAUUUUAGCUGUCUGUCAGACAUUCAUGUAGAGAUGUUUGGCUGGCAGUAGUGUAUAUAACCAGGCUAGAGGGUUUUUUUGUUUUGUUUUGUUUUUUUGGCUGCACCCUCAGAAUGCAGAAGUUCCCAGGUUAGGGAUUGAACCUGAGCCCAUAGUAGCAACUCAAGCAACAAUGACAAUUCCAGAUCCUUAACCUCCUGAGCCAUGAGGGAAUUCCAACAGGCUAGUUUUAAAUGCAGGAGGUAUAAUCAUAUACGUGGAAUUAAAAUGAGAACAUCCGUAAGAGUGCAGUGUCAAUACAGCUUUUGGAGUCAGCUAACUUGGAUUCAAAUCUCUGGUCCUUCACAUAUUAGCCAUUGCCAUUGUGAACAAAGUCUUCAUCUACAAAGAUGGCGUAAAUACAGAUGGGGUUGUUGUGAGAUUUAAAUGACGUAAGGUUUAUCAUAGUAUCUGAAAUUACUAAGUACUCAAUAGGUGGUAGAAGUUAUUACUAAAUGACCAAGAGAUAACAAAGUAGACCAAAAACAUGGAGACAACAAAUGGCCAACAAGCAUAUGAAAAUAUGUUCAACAUCACUAAUCAUCAGAGAAAUGCAAAUUGAAACUACAAGAAGGUAUCACCUCAUACCCAUUAGUAGAGCUACUAUCCAAAAAGAAAAAAGAAAGAAAAUGACAAGUCUUGGCAAGGAUGUGGAGACAUUGAAACUCUUACGUACUGUCGGUGGGAUUGUAAAAUGGUGCAACCACUAUGUAAACAGUAGAGAUUCCUCAAAAAUUCGAACUAGGAUUACCAUAUGAUCCAGCAAUCCUAUUUACAUGUAUAUAUCCAAAAAUUUUAAGUAGGGUCUCAAAGAGAUAUUUGCACACCCAUGUUCAUAGCAGUAUUAUUCAUAAUAGCCAAGAGGCAGAAGCAACUUAAAUGUCCAAUAAUGGUAGAAUGGACAAAGUAAAUGUGAUAUAUACACAUAACAAUAUUAUUCAGCCUUAAAAAGGGAAGAAAUCAUAACCACUGCUACAAUAUGUAUGUGAAGUAAGCCAAUCACAAACACUCCUUGAUUCCACUUACGCCACUUACAUAAGGUAUCUGAAAUAGUCCAAUUCAUAGAAACAGAAAACACAAUGGUGGUUACCAGGGACUGGGUGGAAAGGAAAAAUGAGUCGUUUAAUGGAGAGACGAAGACAGGAAAGAGAAAGACAAAGGAAGAAAGCCUUGAGUCCUGGAAAAAACAGUAUGUCCUAAAUGGGACCCAGGUGUGUAUGGGACGGGGGGGUACGCCUAGGGAAAGAGGUGUCCCUGUAUCUAUAAAUGUGUAAAGCCAGGCCUCUGGUUCUAAUGCAGACUAUGCAAUAACUCGUAGGCACGUGUUGAACAAAAUCAUAGCUCCUUGGGGGUCAAGAAGAAGUAGAAGAAUUACAGGCAACUACCCACUGACAAAGCUUGAUACAUUCUGGUUUAAUUUAAAUGAAAAGGUGUUGAUUUCAGAGAGAACGGUAAUCUCAACUCUGUUCCUCACACACCAGGUCUUUUGGACCUCUUGCCCGUCUCUAAAGACUUGGGUCCUGCGCCUGCGCCAAAGACCCAGCCCUGCAGUGGGAGUGGUCACAGUGCCCCCUCCCCUCCCCUGAGGGCGACGCCCUUUGGAGAGACGCUCUUUGAGGACGUCAGCACUCAAGCGUAGAACAUGGCCUUAUGACGGGGAUGACCUGAAAGACGCGUUACCCGGGCGACUACCGCCUUGGCCGCCCAGACGUGAUGAGGGCUUAGAGAGCAAAAGGCGAGUGUGAAGAGAAGACACGAAGACGGAUUGCUGCGCCCCAGCCCCCAGCCCCCUGGGGGCUGACGGGUGGCCAUGGAUCUGUACCUCGGCAACUGCUAUAAGAUUGCCCAAGCCGCCGCUAAGGCGGCCGCCAGCAGCCUAACUGCCGACAGGGAGCAGUGCGACUCCGGCUCGCACAAAGACCCCAUUCCGGAGGUCGGAGCCUCUCAUCUAUUGGAUCUUCCUCUGGGUGUUAAGCUGCCUGCUAUCCCUGGAAGUAAUAAUGUAUUCUAUACUACAAAUUUAAGUGAAAAGCUUUAUCAACCUUCUUAUGAUUUUAACCUGACUGAUCCUUAUUGUCGACUUUUGGAAACAAGCUAUAAAAGCCUGCAUGAUCCACAUUUAAAAGCAUACUAUGGACGAAAAGAUAUCCUGAGGAGAUUAAAGAAAGGUGGCUAUGUCACCAGCAAUAAUAAGGUCAUAUGUACCUUGAAGGAAUUGAAUAAGUACAGGCAGUAUCUGACAAGUUUAAAAUUAGACUUUGAAAGAAACUAUAUAAGAGAACAAAAAAUGAUUGAAAAACAAGCCAAUAAACUGUAUGAAACCAAGAGAUCCUAUGACAAUUAUGACAAUACACAGUUUCAAGACUGGCUGUUACAGGAAAGUACACAAACAACUCCAGACCAAGAGCUGUUAAUAAAGCAGAGAUAUUUAGCUAUGAUUGGUAGGGAAUUAAACAAGGUUGAGCACAUAGCAGAAAAGCAGAGAAAAUUCCGAAUAAAAGAAGAAGAGAGACGACAUCAGGACCACAUUAGAAGAAAACUUAGUCUCCGUAGACAGAUUGAGGAGGAGUGGAAAACAAAAGAAAUGUUACUUCUGUCAAAAAUUGGAGAAGAAGUAAAAAGAGAAGCAAGGGUUGAGGAACAACGUCGAAAAGUCAGAGAAGAAGCUCACCGGAAGAAACAAGCACUUCUAGAGAAAAAAAUCAGUUAUCAUUUACAAAAAAUGCAAAGGAAUGACCUUCAGAGAGAAGAAUUGGAAGAAAAUAUAUGUGAAAACAAGGAUCAAUAUGAUACAGAAGCUCCUUAUCCAAAGAUCAAGAAAACGACUAUUUCUGCCAGUCACCUGAAAUCACACCAAGGACAACAACGAUCAUCUCACCAUUUCAAUAGCUACGUAAAAAUUCCUGAAAAAAAAUUAUCAACAUCAUUACCUUCUCAGCAGGAUAUACAGAGUAACACAACAGAACAAAAGAAAGAUAAAUUAAUGUUUAAGACAUCACAUCCCACAAGUGAUGGAGAAAUUACAAGUACUUCACUUCAAACUCCAGGUGUUUCUGCAAACACAAAAAAAGCCUACAGACACUCUAUACAGGAUAUUUUGAAACGAGAGGUGACAUAUGCUGAUUUCAAUGGGGAAAAGGCCAAGAAAUCAAACAUAAAAAAUGAGUCAGUUGACAGACUUAAAUACUCUUCUCAUGACUUACCAACUCAACAAGAGUACCAUCAAAAUCACUGUCAAGAAAAAGUAACUUCUGAAGAACUGAACAACAUAAUUCAAAAUAUAAUGACCUGGGUUGUGGCUGCAGUGACCAGUGUAUUAUACCCAGCCAUCACAAAAUAUGAAGAAAGGUUUCGAAAUAUGACAUACCCAAUGCCUGAUGAUUCCACCUUGUCUUCUGAUAGUUCAAAUUGCUGUAGCACAUGCUGUGAAACAUUUCUAUAUGAAACAAGUAAGAUGGUUCAGGCAGAGCCCCAUGUAGAGGCAGCUGACAAGUCAAUAGGGCAACCAGUGGCACCUUUAAAAUCAUCUUCUGCCCAUAAAGAAAGGACAGAUGUGGGGAAAACCUACAAGAAAGUACACUUAGAAAAGAAACCUAAAACCUCCAAACCUAAAUAUAAGAUGACCUCUAAAUCUCCCAAGCCGAAAACCUGUAAAUCCAAUAGUAACCCUGUUGCACCAAUUGAAACAGGCACAGAGAAAUGUAAAGAUGCUACCACUGAAACAGAUGGCUUGGAAUGCCUACUGUCUUCUGAAGAAAAAGCAAAAGCUGUAAAUGAGAUGCAGGAGUUAAAUAAUCUUUUUGCUGAUUUUAAAUGUCACCUAAAAGAGGAAACUGAGUUGAUUUUAGGAAACAUUUAUCAUGAGAUGGUGUCUGAAUUAAAGCAGACCAUCCCCACCCUUUCCUCUGUUACGGCCAAAGCUUUGGCUGAUCAAACUGACACUGACAAAGGAGACUUGCUCUCCAAUGUUGAUAUCUCCUCAGCAGCUGCUGAAAUUAUAGAAAAUGUGCUUGAGAAGAUACAGUCUGCGGUUGAGAAAAAAUGUACUGAGGAAUUUUCACAGGAAAAUCUGUCAGUUCGCUUUAAAUCAAACUUAGUCAGUGGAGAACAUUUCAUUCCUCCAAAAGAAAAAACGUCAAAAGCUUCACUGCCUUAUGUAUUAGAGAACAUGAAUGAUAUUGCAGAGGAUAUAGUUCAUGUGAUCUUCGAAAAGCUGACAGCUCUUACAUCUUCUAAGCAAAGUGAACUUGCUCAUCUUGAAAUCACAACUGAACCAGUUUAUGAGCAACACAGGAAAGAUCCAACAUUUAUGUCUCUUCAAAGAGCCAGCAAAAGGAAAUCCAGUGCUGACCCUGGUGCUCCCAAUUUAAUUGCCAAAGAAGAAAUACAAAAUUUAGUGUCAAAUAUUUUUUCCCAGCCCUCUCUGGUCGGUUAUAUAGAGAAAGCAAUUAGCACUAUACUAGGUUAUAUACAAAUUGGACUUAAUAGUAAAAGGCUCAUUGCAACUGAAGAAGCAGUGAUCAUCCUUCAGCUACUUGAUGAUAUCUUGGCUCAACUACAUCAGAAACCAGUGAAAACAGAUGUUCAGAAGAGUGGGCAUGCCAGAGUGAGCAGUCCUUCUGGCACUGAAGAAAAGAACAGACUCAGCUGCACUGGAAUAGCCAAUGGUCCUCGGUAUGGGCACCUAUUUCCACCUAUUAAUGUUCCUGGCAUGGUCCUUUAUUCUGAAGACGAAAAUGAAGAAGUAGACAGAAUUAUAGAGAGUGUACUGAUUUCAUCUAUCAAAGAUGAAAAAGCAAAAUUACAAGAACAGGUUCCUGAUCACUGGUUAACAAAGGAAAAUGCUGCUUUUAAAUACAAAAGAAAUAUGAACUUACCUACAAAGCCUGCUUAUCAAGACAAAGUAGCAUUUCAUGAUUGGGGAUUAAAUACUGACCUUCCAGCUUUUAAUAAUGAGGACAUUUUAAAGGAUAAGGCAGGUUUGAAUAAAGACAUUUUAGUUUUCAGCCAAGAUGAAAUGCAUCAAAUACAAAAAGCCUCAGAAAAUAUAGUUACAAGUAUUAUAGAACAGACACUCAAAGAUCUCUCUUCUGGGCCCUCUGAUCACUUAGAUUAUAAAAAUUAUAGAGAGGCUUCACUUCUUAGCUCAGAAAAACCACAAGGUCUGUCACAUCAAGAACGGAUGGACCAGAUGUUCUCUGUGUCAGAAAUCCGUACAGUAGCUCAAGAAAUUGUGGAUGCUAUAUUAAAAAUACUUGACAUAGCUUCUGCUCACAUUGUCGAACAUUCUGUAUCAGUACAUCAAACUUCUCCAGAUAAUGCUGAUGUACCAAAUAAAGAGCCAUUAGAAACAUGGUUUGAUAGUGGAAGGAAGGUGAAAUUUUUAUCUGCACUUGGUGUAGAUCCUACAAAACAUCCUUGGUUAGAACCUGAAGCAAGUGCAUCAACAUCUGAACCCCUGGAUCACAUUAAUGAUAAGAUCAUUCACACAAUUUUUAAGAUGUUGAACUCAUUUAUUUGUCCAAAAUUACAAAACUGCUUCAAAUCACAGAGCCAUGCUGCCCAUUCAAGGCGUGCACCAGACAAGAAAUCCUUUCAAUCUCACCUUAGUUCUUAUGCAAUUAAAGUGGUAAAAAUUGUUUUGGAUGCUAUCCAGAAAGAACUACAAUACAAUAAGAAAAAUCUAAAUCUUAAGAAGAGUGGCUCUCCUAAGAACUUUAGAGAUACAGGAUUUUUUGCUGACACUGAAAAGGAGUUAGACUCUGUAGUCACAAAACUAAAUAAUGACAUUAUGACAAGUUCAUUGGCAACUUGCAUUUGUGAGGUGUUAAGUGGAAACACAUAUAAAAGCAAUAUUUUACCCCCUGCAGAUAAGCUAAGGUCUAAAAUCUCAUACAGAACUUCUGGCAUUGAUCAACAGAAACCUUUGCCUUCUCAUUGUCCUCACCUGCAGGAGGACGUUCACAAAUGUUCCAGCUUGCAAGUAUUAGAUAGGAUUGGAGAUGCCUUAUAUGACAUGUUAUACAAGCUCUUAGGAGACCAUCUACAUUCUCCCCUAUCUGAAGAGCAUAAUGCAGAGUGGAUCAAUGAGGAUUUGAGAACAACCAGUACACUGCAGUCCAAUAUUAAGCUUAUUUCUCAGACAAUUCUAGAAGGCAUCAUUACAAAACUAUGUGGUGUUGAGAUAGAUUGCAUUUUCAAAAAUCCAGAAUGUAAAGCUAUAUCAGAGUAUAUUGACACUGACAGUGUGUCAUUUGCUUUGCUUCUUGAGGAGAUGAGCAGAUGCUCUGACAUAAUCUCCAGCAUGGUGUCCAAUGUGACCUGGCCAGGUAGCCAAGAGGCGACUAACAACAAGGGGGAAACUGGUGCCCCAAAAACAAGAAUCACACAAGAAAAGCAUCCAAAUAAACUGAAAACCAUGGCUUCAGAUAUCCUUAAAAUGGUUUUUGCUAAAUUGGAAGGAUUUGCCAAUAGAAAUUUAGAAACCCUGUGCACUAUAAUCAGUGGAAAUAAAAAGAACAACAUGACAUACUGGGAAAGUGAAAACGCCAACAUUUGUGCUAACACACAUGAAAAACGAUUGCAGUCGACUUUAUACACGUAUGCAAAGAAAGUGUCAAGUACUAUUCUGAAAGCUAUUCAAACUGAACUAAAUCCAAGCUUGUCAGAUUUGGAAACAUGUAUAAGCAAGCCACUACAAGAGAAACAAAUGCUUAAGAAUCUAGUCAAUUUCAUUUUAGAUGUGAUUUCUCCAGAUAUGUUUAAUGAAAUUGAACCAGAAGAGAGAGGCAUUGAGAAGUAUAGAUACAGGCCAAUCUAUGGAAAUUUUCUUCCUGGGGGAGCAGACCCAGAGUCACAUCUGGAAGAUCCUGCAGAUACAGGGAAAGAAUGUGCUGCAGAGCAAAGCCCAACAGAAGAAGAAACCAAAUCAGAUUUUCUUAAUCAAAGGGAACUAGAAAGAACAUUAAAGAAAUUUGAAGUAGAACUCAAAGAGCCACAAAAGUCCCCAGUUGUGCCCAUUAUAAGAAAUAUUUUGAAUGAAAUUUUUCAGAGUCACUUAAUUGAUCAACUAAAUGUGCUUCCUCUUCCCCAGUCCCAUUUAUGUGACAUUUCUCAUGCUGGUGAUGAGCCAAUUGCUCAAACAGCUACUAAGUCCCUGGAUAAGACAAUGGGCCCUUUAGUGUCUGAAGCAGAUGUAACCUUUGUUGCAGAUAAUGUUGUUAGAACCAUAUUUCAAAAACUUUACUCUGCUGCCGUGACAGAUAGAAAUGAAAAGGAAAAUAGGUAUAAUGCUCUCACCUUUCCAGCAAAUAUCUCCUUUCCUGAACAUACCAGUGGAGGAAAGGCCCCUAUUUGUUCUGCCGCACUGGACAGAAAUCCAUGCACACCUCAGUCCAUGUUCAAUAUUGAUAAACUGACAAAAACAAAUGUACUUGAAGAUAUUAUACAGUCAGUAUUAAAAAAUUUAGAAACAUUUGCUAAAUCCAAAGUAAAAGCUCUCUUUUAUCCUCAUAUCAGUUUAACAGUCCCAAUGGUUUUACCUUUACAGCAGGAUGAGACUGCUUUAAGCCAACCAUGGUUAUUAACCAAAGAUUCAUAUUCUGAUGACCAGUUCUCCUGUUGCUUAGUGGAUCAUAAUAAAUUGGGAAAGACUACCUCAAUAUGUCAACUGAGUGCCUCUAAAUUAAAUAGAUAUGCAACAGAAGUGGCUAGACAAAUUUUACAAGGAAUCAAACAAAAGUUAGAUAAAGAAAUAAGUCCAUUCUUAACUCAUAAUGUGGUUUCUGAAAGUAUUCCAAGUCAGAUUGUUAAUACAAUGUUAGAUAUUAUAUCUACUAAAGGCAAAUAUGAAAAAAAUAUAUUUGACAGAGAGACUGAUCCAGGUCGGUCAGAAGAUAUUGUUGAAAAACUGUUGAGUAAAAUUGAUUAUCGAAAAAAACUUCAAUUUCAAAUACUAGAUACCAUUGAAGAUAUCUUAAUUGACAUCUGUGAGGAAGCAAUAGAUGAGAAUAAUCUCCCACUUGCUGUAUCGUCUCUUAAAUGUAAUUUAAGUGGAAGACAUUUAGAAGCAAACUCUGAAAUGGACCCUGAGUAUGCAAAUAAGGCUAUUCUAAGACUUCUAGUUCCUAAAGAGUGUGUUGCUAUGAUUUCCAAUGAUAUGGUGGAUAUUGUUCUUCACAAUCUCACUUCUGCUAUCAUGCUUGGCACAAAUGCAAAGGCUUCUACUUCUCCAAGGUUGUCCCUAAGAUUCUCCGACUCAUUUCCCAAAGCAGAGCAUCAACAAUCUCCUGUUACAGAUUCAGUGAAUGAAGGGACAAGGGAGAGAUUUCUGCUUGCAAGAAAGGAAAGCGAUAUACAGCUGAAAUCAGCUUAUUCUGAUGAUAAUCAGACAACCGCCAAGAAAUCUGCUCCUGACCCAUGUAAGGAAAAUGCUCACUUCAUUACUAAAACUAUUUUGAAUAGAUUAAACUCUUUUGCUACAGAAAGAAUAAAUUCGCUACCUAUUUUUGAUACUGAGAUGAGAGAAAAAACAUAUGUUGGCCCAGAAUUUACAAAUUAUAAACAAGACGACAGCAUAUUUCUUGAAUCAAACCAAAUGCCAUUAGAUGUGAAUAUCCUGAAAAUAUCAACAGCUAAAACCAUUCGCAGUCAAGAGGUCACACAUUACACAUUUGCCAAUUACAGAGAAAAACAUGAACCUGCGAUUCAUAUAUCACAAGCUAGUCUUAAGGAAUAUGCUGACAUAAUUGCCAGUACCAUCUUGACACUUAUAAAAAAUGACAUAGACCUAGAAAUCCAAAAUAUAUAUACAUAUCAAAAUGAUACUUCAGUCCAAAAAAACAUCAUGGCAAGUGAAACUGUCAGCAACCUCUUAAAGAGUUUACAUGAUAAAACAUCUUUAAAGGCAAGUGGUUUUUACUCAAAGCAGGACCCUAGUCUUUUUACACAAGCAACUGUACAAAAUGAAAUGCUGCCAGGUCAAAGAAAGCCGGAAGACAACACUGAACUGUCUCUCUUUUCAGAAAACUCAGAUGAAAACCAAAUAUCAGAAGCAGAAAAUCAGAGAAGGAUUUUCAAAGAAAUAUUUAGAAAUGGAGAAUAUGGACAGGAAAACAAAACUUUGUUAAGUGCAAUUAAGGAAAUUUUAAAGAAGGUAUACCAAAAGGUUAUGGAAGACAUAGACCAUUGGCCUCCAUUUAAUGAACUCCCCCAUUUUACAUCUGAUUCUAAAAUUAAAACAUCAAUACAAAAAAAAUCCUUCCAAUCACAUAUAAGCAGUGUUGCAAAUGACAUAGUCGAAAGUGUGUUCAGAAAAAUGCUCUCAAUAAUAAUGGCAUCUUUAUAUAAAAACAGUGAAACCAGGGGAGGAUUGGAAGCAUCUAGCAUUGAAGAGUUACUGAUGAAUCCAUCAUGCUUCUGGGAAUUGAAACAAGCAGAAAAAAGAAGUGUUCCCCCUGAACCUGUGAUACCACAAGUUCAACCUCACACAGGCGUUGGAAGUGUCACCUCACUGGAAAACACCUUAUUACAAUUUUCUCCAUUGAGAGUGGGUGAGGAAUUGGCCCAAAAAGUUCUCAACAAGAUCACAGAUUUUGCUUUGCUGAAUCUAGAAGAGCGUUCAUCCCUUAAAGGUCAAUCUGAUAAAAUUCGAUAUCUGGGGCCAUGCAGUUCUAAUGCUAGCCCCAAGGGUAGCCCUGAGGCAAGUUUUAAAGCAAAUUUUAAAACAAAAUCACAAGUUACCUUUCCAGCUAAAUUUGGAACAAAACCACAGCUGGGACCCAGUGGAGCUAAAGUCAAAAACAAAACCAAGCCAAGUCCUAGAGAGAAGACUUUAAGAGGCAGCCAGUCCAAGACUGCCACUGGGCCACCAUACCUGCUAUCAAUAGGGGAUGCCAAAAAUCUCUUAGUGAGAGCAAAACUUCCCACUGAGGAGCUAAAAAUGCAUGCCAAGAAUAUAGUAAGUAAAAUUCUGGAAACAAUUGUGAAUGAAUGUCAAGAGGUGAAGCAAAACAGAGUAAUGUUAAAUGUAAACACUUUCCCUUCUGAUCAAAUUGAGACAGCAAGUGCAAUUGUUAAAGCAGUUUUGCAAGAAUUAUAUGCUACAAAGAACAAUUUGGCUGAUCCAGCCGAAGGCUCAUACUCAGAGGAUCUCAAACUUUCACAGGGGUAUUCUAGUGCGAUCUCUCUUGCGAAUCCAAAAGCCCAUUUCCCUUUGAAGAGUGUUUCUUCACAAAUAGAAAAAACCUUUCCUAAAGAAGCUAUGUUUAAAGAAAUAUUUGAUAAAUGGCAAACAGAGUCAGGUGACAUGGAUAAUGAAAAACAUAAGCUACUGAUGAUAGCUGAGACUGUUUUGAAUGAAAUUUCAAUGAAAGCAAAAGAAUUAGAACAAUCUGUUUCACUUUUAAAUUUGUCACUUCUUGAGGCUUGUGAAAGCAGACACAUUAAUUUUAAAAGGCAUGCUUCUAGAGCUGAGGGUUCCCAAUCACAAAUUAAUAUAUUUGGCCAGGAAAUUGUUGAAAAACUAUUUGAAAAAUUAGAGUUGAACUUCUUGACUCAGAUGUUCACAGCAUAUAGUAAAGAGACCCUAGAAAGCAAGAAAGAAACUACUGCUGGAAGUAUAUGUUCUUCCUUAAGAACAAACAGCCUCAACGAUAUACCAGCUUAUAAUGCAAAGUUGAAAUACAACAACUUGGGGAGCUCUGGCCACCGAAUCGCUCAAGAAAUUUUGGAAGGGGUUCUGAACACCUUAGAGUCAUUUACAGACUUACAGUUUAAACAUGUCUCUACUUAUGCUUUUUCUGAAAUUGUGAGAACACCUAUCAAAAACUUUUUUGCUGUGCAACAGAAAUCAUUAAAGAAAACGAUAUUGCCCAAGUUACAAACACUGAAUAAAUUUCCUGAUGAAUCUAAAUCAAGUACGAUUUCCCAGGAAAACAUACAGAAUAUCCUUCGAAAGCUUCACUCAUUCCAUUCAGAAUUGCUUACUUAUACUGUUAAUACUGUCAACGACAUGCUUGGUGUAAUUAAGAACAAACUAGACAAAGAAAAAUGCCUAUUUGAAGAAAACAUUGGAGCAAGUCAGAUCAUCAGCACACUGGUGGACCAGUGCACUGAUUUCUAUGAGUUGAUGAUCAAAAGCCAUCCAAAGGAAAAUCCCCUUCAAGGAGCUGAAAAUGCCUGCAUUGUUAAUUGGUCCAGAUUUGCAACUGGAAUGGGAAUGUCCACUUCAAAGUCAGUGAGAGUUAGCUGCUGCGAUGAUCCUCCACAAAUCCCUGGCUUGUUGUUUUAUUCAGAGGAAGAUAUGAAAAUAAAGGACAAGCCUUCCUCAAAUACACCUACGUAUGUCAGACACUCUGUGAAAGGAAAAUACUCUCUCCCAGAAGGCACUGUCUUACAAAAACCAUCUCAGAAAUCCAGUGACUCUGCACAAUCAUCCCUAGAGCACCCCAUGUCCUUCAGAGAAAUGGAAGAAGGCAAAAAUCACAGAGUGCUUCACUACAAGUCCCCUAAACCAGUUGUUAAGCCAAACCAAAUACAGACAACCAUUUCUCCACUCAAAAUAUGUUUGGCUGCAGAAAACAUUGUCAAUACCAUACUGUUGAGUUAUGGCCUUCCAAGUCAAACCACACACACUAAUGAAAGUACAGAAACUAUGAAGCCGUUUUUUAUAUCAAAGGAAAGGCUUUUCUCUAUAGAAGAACAGAAGGCCGAGAAAAGCUUGCUUAAAAUAUGGGAAAAAAGAAACAGCUAUGAAACCAAAGAAGAAAACAAAAGCCUUGUGGCAAAUGGAGAAGAUUCCACUUUACUGGAAAAGUGGAAAAAUAAGUACCCGAAGUUAGAGAAAGCAGCAACCCUCGAAGAGGCUGAGGUCAUUGCUUUUGCCGAUCAGGAACUGGGACCACAUGAAAUCCAUCUAGUAGCAAGAUAUGUUACUACAUCUGUGGUCACACAUUUCAAGAACUUUGAAAUCAGAGGUGAGUGAGGGAUGAUUUAUAAAGAGUUGGCAUCAUUUGAGAGGGAAAAAGUCAUUGUUUCCACGCUGUUAAACAAAAAAUCUGAAUCAAAAAAGCCUCUAAGAAGCAUAAACAGUGAUUCUUCUCUUAAUCAGUUUUGUGAACAUCUCACUGAAUUAGUUAUUUUCUAUAUAAUUUCAAGCAUUUCUGAUUGCACCAAAGAUGAUGAAACAAAACAGAAAUCACAGGAGAGCCAAGAUGCAAAUUUUAGCAAGGUUAUUUUAGUUCAUUCCCAAGUGUUUGAGAGCCGGUCAGUUUCUAUCAGAGGACUUGCUUUGGGAAUUUCUGAAAUCAUUAUUCAAAUCCUUUUCAGUAGUGACAUUUUAAAGGCGGACGUUACACAACAAGUGGUUUCUGUGAAAACAAAAUACAGUUAUUGCCCAAAGGGACCUGUGGCUGACUUCAGUGAUCUAUUUCAGGAUCUCUUAAUAGGAGUGAUCCAUGUUCUGUCCAAAGAAUUAGGAAUAAAUCAUCACCUUGACAGCAAAGGAAAAAACAAACCACCUGCCACACUUAAAAGCCAUAGUUUACCUAUUUGCAACAAAACCAAAACAAUGAAAAGACAGAUAGGUUCCAGAGGUUGGAAAUCAGCUCCUACUCACCAAAUUAAUCAACUAGUACAGAAAAAUAAACUAAAUUCUCUAGCAUGUAACUUAGACACUCUGGUUGGCAGCCUAAGAACUCAUGAAUCCAAAGAAGUAGUCAACAAAAUUUUCAAUAUUGUUGUACAUUUGUUUUUACCAGAUGAAUGCCCAAAUUGGAACACAGAUUCUGGUAAAAUAGCAAGAAACAUGUCCCUAUCUUCAAGUAACCAGCAAAGUCAUAGAAUUUCUAGAAAUAACCUAGGGCUCUCACCCAAAUCAGUUUUUCUUCUGAAUGUCGUGUGUGAGAAACUUGUUAGAAUACUCUUGGAAGAAUGCACAACCAACAACUUCCUUACAAAUGGUCCUCUUUCUGAUGAAAUAUCAACAGAACAUCAACUGUUCAACAUACUUCAAAUUGUAGAGGAUUAUUGCAGGGGAACAAUGGACUAUGGCUCACCAUUUGAAGGAAAUGACAUGUCAGACCUUUUGGAAAAUCUGGCAGAAAUAGAUCAAGAAUCUAUGCUUAGUAUUAUUUCCCAUAGGUUGGUAAAAUCCUUAAUGGAAAAACUGUCAUGCAGUAUACAGCAACCUCCCAGAAGUCCACCUCUUACAAAAAAGCAUUUUACAUACAGGACAAGAGAGAGACCACCUAGUUUACCAAAAGCAAAAAGGCCAGAAUUAAAAGAAUCAAGACAGGGUAAAGGCACUGUAAGAUACAGGAGUUAUAACCACAGGCCUCUGACAGGACCAUUGAAUAAUCUUAGGGUGAUUAAUUCCAAAAUGCAAACCCCAUUUGGUAAGCAGUCUUCAGAAAAAUUCCCUUUUCUGCCUCCUCUUCGAAGACCAGGUAAAAAGGAAGUAAAUGCUACAGCCAUUCUUAACAUGCAGCAUCAAGGAGGCACGAACACAGGAGUUUACUCCGCCACAUUUCUUGAGGAAGUAAUUGCAGACAUUUUUCUUAAUCUUACCACUUCACUGCAGGGCAAAAAUGUAAACAUCACUGAAGAUCGGCUCAAUGACAUGAAUAUAUUAGAUGUCACCUCUGUGGUGAAUGAGUUUAAUAAUGCUCAAGUGACUGUUUUACGGGACAUUGAGGAAAGGAGAUGCUUUCCACCAAUCUCUAAAGAAAUUGUUAGUAAGAUUGUUGACUCUGUUUAUAAUGAUGUAUUGUGGGAAUAUGCAUUGCAGGUUACCUGUGGCAGUCAUGUGGCACAUGCUGCCAGAUCAAUAGCAGAACAGAUAAUUAAUGGCAUAUUGAAAGAGAGUGUAGACCACCAACUCCCAUUGUGCUUUGUGGGAAAGCUCAUGCCCAAUUCAUAUUACCCUCUCAAAGCUGAAAAUAUACUGCAGAAACUUCAGAACAACCUGAGUGAACUCAACUACCAAGGUCAACAUUCAACAGGCUAUACUACCCUGCUAUCACAUUCAUUUUUAGAAGAUGUCAUCAGAAGACUAUUAUCUCAACUCAUUCCUCCACCUAGCGAGGCUUCAUGCUUAGGAAAGAAAUACUUAAUGACUUUGGAUUUUAAUGAGAGAUCCACUUGUAUAAUAAAUAAGGUUUUGUUAGCCAUCUCAAAGCACAAGAUUUGGCUCACUAAAUAUGACUGUCAAUAUCUAUAUACAGGAAAAAACCUUCAAAAUAUGGUAGAGUCUGUUUAUAACAAUAUUUUGCAGAUGUAUGGCUCUCUUGUGUCAAUACAGAAAAGUAUAGAAAGCCAAAGCCCAAUUAUGGUUGACCGAAUGGCCAGUCUUAUUAUUCAAGAAAUUAUUGAAAGUCAUCUCCAACCGUUUUUGUGUGGAGAAAGCUUAUCUCAUUCAGUGACUCCAUUGGAUGAAGUAUUGAAUAUGGUUGAAGAGGUCCUCAGUGAAGUCACAGUAUCACACAGACCCCAGAAGCCAUCAUUACUAGGCAGGGACUUUUAUCCUAACGCAUUUGUAGAAGACAUUGUUGCCAGACUAUUAUCAAAAGUCUUCAAUCCAAAAUAUAACACUGAGUGUGAUUUGGAUACAAUGACCAAAAAAAUAGUAAAGGCAAUAAACAACCAUUUUAACAAAGCUAAAAUCUGCAUUCUUCGUGAUGACCAAGAGCAGCCAUUCCCCACUGUAGAUAUAGACACAGUGGAUGAACUUGUCAAUUCAUUUUAUGAGAAUGUUUUGAAGCGGCAUGGGCUGGCCCCUGAGGUUGAUAAUGAAGAACUCAAAGACAGUGAUAUUUUUGCAGAAAAUAUUACCAAUUUAAUUGUAGCAGCUAUUUCUGAUUAUCUUUUUCAUCCACUGUUUUCUGGGGAUUUGUCAGCUUCUUCCUGUGCUAGUUUAACAGCAGAGAAAAUUAUUCAGAACAUCUUUAGAGGCAUCACUGAACCUACCCAGCCAAGCCAGCAUUUAUCUCCAUAUAACACCUUGCUGCCAUACAUGUUUCUAGAAGACAUGAUCAGAGUACUACUAUCUAGAAUCUUUCCUUCUGCACCUAACAUGGUUCCAUACAGUGAAACUCCAAAAGAUAGAUCAGGAAUGAAUCACAGUGAAAUCUCUUCAAAGCUUAUCAGUGAUAUUAGGAUGAAAAUUUCUCAACAUGAAAUUCGAUUUUCAAAAGAUGAAGAUGAAACCGAAUCUGUUUAUUCAGAGGAUGAUACUCAGCAUCUCGUUGAUUCCAUAUGCAGAAAUAUCUUGCAAAACUCUGGGUCUCAAGAAGCAGUUGUGCACGCUAUCACAAGCAGUGACAAUGUUCUUAUUGAUAGAAUAGCAGGUUUUAUCAUUAAAAAUAUCUGUCAACAACAUCUUCAUCCAUUUGUGUAUGGAAAAUUGCCGUUUCCUUCAUCAUGUAUGUACACUGAUGAUAUGAGAAGAAGGCAAUGGUUUUUUGCCAGUGUUUACUCCUUAGCCUUUUUGGAAGAUGUUAUUUCUGGGGUUUUAAGCAAAAUAUUCCACAGGGUUUUAGGUAUUGUGCAAACAAAAGCAGUAAGAGAUUCAGAAAAAGAACUGUUGGAAAUAGCUGAAGAACUCAUAUUUUUGAUAACGGAAGAAUUCUCAAAAGCUCAAGUUAGCAUCCUAGGAAAUGCUAAGGAACAAUUGUGUUUGCCACCAGUAGAUAGAGACAUAGUGAUCAAAAUUAUUGACACAGCAUAUAGCAAAGUUUUACAAGAAUAUGAACUGGAACCUAACAAGGACUUUCUCAGUGACACAAAGACACUGGCUGAGAGGAUAACUAAAAUUAUCCUGGCUGAAGUUUUUGAUUUCCAAAUUCCCCCAUAUUUCAUAGCAAAGCUGCCUUUUAAAUCAUAUUCAAAACUCAAUGCUGAUGUUUUGAUAAAGAGAGUUCAUUAUGCAAUCCAUAAAUCAAGACUCCGAAGACAGACCUGUACAACAUAUACCACUGUAUUUUCACAUACACAUUUGAAAAAAAUAGCCACUCAGGUUUUAUCUCAGGUAAGCCCAUUGAACUGCAGUACAGAAGAUGUGAACCUUUUGCAGUCAGACUUCAGCAACAUAGUUGUGAGUCUGAUCGAUGAAAUCAUGUCAAUAAUUUCUAAGCAUGCGAUAUGCAUUACUAAACAGGGAAGUGAAAAACAAAAUGUGAUUCCAGAAAAAGAUAUUCAGGCUAUGGUCAAUGCCAUUUAUACUGACAUUUCUCAUUUAAAUCUACAUCAGUCUCUUUCAAAAAAUAAAAAAGGCAUAAGUAAUAUACCUGUUACAAAAAUAGCAAGUUAUAUAAUAAGAGAAAUAUUUAACCAUCAUCUUCAGGCAUUUUUAUCUGGAAAUAAAACUCUUCCUACAGGUACCAUAGAUCAGACUUAUCAACAGAGAGCAACAGAUCCUAAAGAAAGAGAAUUAUCUUUCAUUGUGAAUUCGGCUGUCUUUUUGGAGGAAGUAAUUUCUGAGCUUUUAUGCAAAAUCCUCUAUGUAUUUUCACAUAAUGUCUUGGCUGCUGAAAACCCAUGUAAAGCAAAAGCCAAUGUUACUGACCUUGUUACACGAUUAGUAAAAUCAAUUGUGCUGGAGUUCACCACAUCGCAAAUUUUAGUUGCAGAUCACUUGGAUGAAAAUCUGUAUUUUUCAGAAGGAUAUAAAGAAAUGGUUAAAAAAACUGUCAACAUUAUUUAUGAAAAAAUAUUAGAUGAUUAUCAAUCUCUGGUACAUAUUUCUAGAGUUAUACAAAAUGAUGCUGUUAGUUUUGGGAAACAAAUAUAUUAUUUGCUGUUAGGAGAAAUUUAUGAUUAUCAGGUGGAGUCAUUAGUUUCAGGAGGAUUAGCAACUUCUUCCUAUUCCUCCCUCCAAGAGAAGAAAAUCAUCAGAAACGUACUCAACACCAUCAAUGAUGACAGCCUUAACUUGCCAUCAUAUGUCACUGUAUUGCCUCAUUCCCUUCUAGAAGAUAUGAUUUAUAAGCUUCUAGCACAUAUAUUUCCUUCAUCUGAGACUGAAACGGAACUAAGUGAGGAAAGGGUGCCACCAGAUAAUGAGUUUGUGAAUGCAGCUUCAAAUCUAAUUGAUGAUAUUAUAACAGAAAUUUCUGAACAUGAAAUUAGACUUGCCAAGGCAGAGGAGCAUGUGGAAAGUUUGCAGUCAGGGGCAAUUGAUAACACUGUUGACUCCAUCUGUAACAAUAUUAUGAAAAGAAUUAAGUUUGAAGAUGAAGCACAGAAAGAUACAUGCAAAAAGGGAGGUUCAUUCCUCAGCAGAAUAGCUGGUUUCAUUAUGAAGGAAAUUGUGGACUACCAUCUGCAGCCAUUUUUAUGUGAUGAAGAAUCAUCUCCCAGUGGCUUACUCAAAAAUGACCAGGUCAUUGAACUCCUGAAUCCCAUUAAAGAAAAAAUACAGUCCUUCCCACAGGCCUCCGUGUACUCUGCUACAUUUUUGGAAGACGUUGUAAUUAACCUUGUUCACAAAUUUUAUUCUCUACCAAGUACUGCUGAAAAUCCUAAGGACAAAGAGCUAUCAGAAGGAGAUCUCAAGAGCCCGGCUAUAAAAUUUGCAAAUGCCCUGAUAGGGGAAUUUAGGAAAAGUGAUAUUAAAGUUCUAGCAAAUGCUGAAAAAAUGUUUUCAUUUCCACCAAUAGAUAAAGAAACAGUCAGUAAAAUAUCUGAUUCUGUGUAUGAUGAGGUCAUAGAAAUAUAUGGAUCUAAAAAUGUUCAGAAACAUGAUGGAUAUAACAUUGUUAUAGAGGUGAUUGCUGCUUUGGCCAAGAAGGCAAUCUCUGCUUUCCAGAUUCAACCACUUUUUUCGGGAGGCUGGAUUUCCACCUUCUUUUCAUUCCUAGAUGUGGAUAGCAUCAUCCAAAGAGUUCAACACCUACCAUCUAAAACCUUUACAAAGAUUACCAGAAGCUUGAAGGAGAACGCAGUGUCUUCCCUAGAACAAUUACCUACACUUAUUCCUCUAACCUCAGGCCUAAAAGACAAAAUGGACACUUUGGAAAUAGAUAGAAGAACACUUAAUGGAAAAGAAAACUUCAAAAAGGAGGAGACAUUAGUGAAAACAGGCAGCCUCCAUGAGCCAAUAUGUACCAAUAUAAGUAGCAUUAUAAAGAGCAAAGUAACUACCCUAGCAUCAGAGUCAGUUGGAGGCAUGUCCAAGAAAAAGAAAGAGGAUGAAAAGAAAAAGGAAAGUUCAAUUGGAAAAGAUAAUGAGAAGGUAUCAAAAGUUACUUCCCCAGCAACUAGUGUGGAAAGUAAAGAUAUUCAGGGGCCAGAUUUGGGUGGAGCACUUACAAAAAAUGAAAUCAAGAAGAAAGACCGUUUGGCUAGAAAAGAUGAGAAAGGGCAAGCUGAUGAGGUGUACCAACAUCUUUCACCAGCUACCAAUGAUACAGAAAACAAGAAGGUUGUCCUGGAACCAGAUUUUAAAAUAGAUGAUAAGAAGAAGAGUAACAAGAAAAAACAUGCAUUAGGGAAAGGGGAUAAACCCUUUGAAUUACCAUCUCUGAUAUCCAAGGUGAGAAAUAGAGAGAGCCAGACGUGGAGAGAUUCUCUGGCCUACAAGGUUACAGAUGACAGACAGAUCUUGCAUCUUAAACAUGCCCAAAAUGUCACUGAAAUCAUUUACAGAAAUGUUUUAGAAAUAACUUCUUUGCAAGGACCAGUAGAUGAUUCAAAAUCCCCAGAUCCCCUAGGUGAUAAAGCAGCAUAUGUAACUCAAGCGGAUGCCAAGGAUUUUGCACAGCCUGCUUCAAUGAAUUCAACUAAACAAAAUGCUCCUGCAAAAGAGGAAGAGAAUGAGAAAAGUAAAGGGAUUACAAGUAAACCUAGUAAACAGGACAAUUCUCAGGACCCACCAGAAAAUAAGCCAGUUAUUUUCCCUGCUAACUUUUUAGAAGAUGUUGUCUCUGAAAUAGUUAACAAAUUGAUUUUUUCUUCCUCAUCAGAUAUAGAUGAUACAUGCCAAAAUGUAACCAAAGAUGGAAAUCAAGCUGAUCUCUAUGACAUGGCUAUGAAACUGAUUGAUUCUUUGUUAAAGGUGUUUUCAGAUGCUCAAAUUAAAGUAUUAAACCCAGAUCAAGGAAGUAAGUUCUUCCCAUCUGAAGAUACAGUUUCAUUAGUUCAUAAAGUACCUCUCAGGCAAAAACAACUAUAUGUGGAUAAAACUCCUCCCAAGAAAAAAAUAAUUGUGGAUAAUAUACCAGUCAUGCAUAAAAAUGCACCUGCCACUAAAAUACCUUCUUCAGAUAAGGCUAAAACACCAACAAUGGAUAAAAUGUUGGUCAAUAAGAUUGUUCACUCCUCUAUAUGCAAUAUUUUGCAGGAAUAUCAAUCUCGAGACUUGAUUUGUGAGGACAUAAAUAGUAAUGUUGAAAAACUAGCAAGAAGGCUAGCUAAUGCAGUAAUAGAAGGAAUUUUUCAGCAUCGGCUAAACUUGCUACUUUAUGAUGAGGUUCCAGAUUCAGUAUGUUUACCUCUAGAAUCUAAGGAGGUUAUGAAAAAGGUCCAGAAGGUGGCUCAGACAGCCUGCAAAGAAUGUCAGACAUCAUCGCCAUAUACGGUAAUGCUGCCUCAUGAAUUUUUAGAAAGGAUAAUUUCUUCUCUUCUAUCAAAAGUUUUCUCAGUAGUAGCCAAUGCUAAAGCAGAAAUAUCUGAGGAUAAUUUGUACACAGAAUUGGAUUUCCUUCAAAUGAAGUUAGCAAGUACAGUUAUAACAGAGAUCUCCAAAGAUGAAGAUAUGAUUAUCCAAUUUGUAGACUCCUUAUAUCCUAAUGAUGAUGAAAUUAUUCAAUUAGUGGUUCAGACUAUUUAUAAUAAUCUCUUGCCACAAUUUGGAUCUCAGGAGAGCAUACAAAAGUGUCUCAGCAGUGGUUGCAAAAUCCUUUCAGAAGCCAUAGUUAAUUUAGUAGUACAGGAAGUGACUGGAAAUCAGUUACAGAACUAUUUUUCUGGAGAACUAACACCAAAUCAGUGUACAGAAGUUGACUGCAUUGUUGAAAAUAUCCUUAAAGAUAUUAUCCAGCCCACUAAAGUUCUCCAGCCUCGGCCAUCACGGGCUUACAAACUGCCUUUUAACAUAAUAGAAGAAAUUGCUGUAAAUUUUUUGUCAAAGCUUUUAUCUAUGUUUCCAAAAGCGGUUAAGAAGCAAAAUAAUUCCCUAUAUGCUGAAAUGCAAAAAAUAACCUCAAAAAUCUUAAGUUCAUUCCAAGAAUAUAUCUCUAAAAGUCAGAUUAUAGUAGUACCCCAGGUCAAAGAAUCAUCCACUGUAUCUUUAGCAGACAGUGCAACUAUUGAAAAAGUAGUUACUUCUGUUUAUAACAUUGUUUUAAAGCACUCCGGAUCUCAUAUUUCAGUAUAUAAAGAUUUAAUGGGUAAGAGCAGUGUCCUCUCAGAUAUAAUAGGGUAUUUAAUGGUGAGGGAAAUUUCCAAUUCAGAAUUUCAUCCUCAAGUAGAGGAAGAAACAUCAAGUUCAGAGUUAGUUCUGGAAGCUGUCAAGAUUAUGGAAAAGGUGGUUAAGAUUAUUGAUGACCUUAAGUCGAAGAAAAAGCCUUCAUCCAAAAAAGAGGCUGUAAUAGAUGCCAGAUUUUUAGAAGAAACACUUGCCUUGUUUUUGGCUAAACUAGUAAAGUUUCCAAGUGCCUCAAGCGGAGAUCCUAAAAACUUAUCAAAGCCUGAGUUAAAUAAAAUUGCAUCUCAAUUGACAAAAUCCGUGACAGCUGAGAUUUCCAGAAAAAACAUUAGUAUUAUAGCUGGUAAUCCUGAAGAAAACUUUUUAAAUCCAGAAAAUAUGGAAAUUAUUUCUCAGAUGGUCGAUUCUGUGUAUAAUCAUGUACUACAACAAUCUGGAACACAUGAAGAACUUUAUUAUGAUAUGAAAGGUACAAACCACAUCUUUCCUAAAGAGGUGGCUUCUUUCAUUAUCAGGAAAGUUUCUAAUUGUGCAUUAGAAACAAUUAGCCCAAAAGCUUCAUGUGCUAAUCUCUUUGGUGAUCUGGAUGUUGGUCAAAUUGUUGAAAAGGUGCAGGAGCAUGUGUUGAGAACUGAACCUGAGCCAGAGCCAAAAGGGUUCGAUCAAGAGUUAAGGGAAGAAGAGCUUUCAGUUAGGAUAAUUCCUCACCGUGGGAAACAGCCAAUCAAUAUUGAUCCAGACAUUGUUGCAGAACACUUAGGGGUCCUUUCUAUAAAAACACAAUCGAUUGAGAAGCUGCAGAGGGAGUGCGUAGCUAGAACUGGACAUAGCAUCGAAACACUGAGAAGAGUGUCAAUAAGUGGGAGGAGUUACUCAACUGAUGCACCUUAUUCGAAAAAGAAAGAAAGACGAGUCUCUUUGGAUCAGGCGGGACGACUGGAUGUGCAGCCAUUAGAGACUGCUAGCAGAAAUUCAUUUCAGAGUUUAAUAAAACCUGACAUAACCAAAGUAGAGCUUUUAAAAGAUGUCCAAACCAAAAAAGACCUCAUCAUCCGGUUGGUAAUUCAUGAUAUUAAUCAAGAAGUUUUAGAAAAGAAAGCAGAAGAAAUUUUAACUUCUGAUGAAGAUGAAGUUGUUUUAGGAGAGGUUGUAAAAGAAUUACCAGAAGGCCCACUUGAAGAUCAAGUAAAAGAAGAUGUGAAGCCCACUGCAAGCACACUGGCUUUCCCCAAGCCUCUGGUGAGCAAGAGCAAUCUGAAAAAAUUUCUGUCACUAGGAAAAUGUCAGCCCAAACCCGGUGUAACAGCAAUUACUGAGGCAUCACCAAUUCAACAGAUAAAAUCUGAACAGACACAGUUAAGAACUGUUUCUAAUGAUUUAACUACCUCAACAUUCUUGACCAAUACAAACUCUUCCUCUUGGGAGACAAAGACACAACUGAGUGUAAGUGAGAGAUGUACUUUCAGUGAUUGGGUUUCUAUAGAAAAGGGAGAUAAGUUUUGUUUGUUUUUUGGUUUUGUUUGUUUGUUUUUUGGUCCACGGCAUGUGGAAGUUCCCAGGCUAGGGGUCGUACUUUUCCAGGGAAUAGAAAUGAAAUCUAGCACUGAACCAACACAUUACUUCAUACACAGAGUUAUGAGUUCAUGCUCAUACAAUGAAGAGGAUCUCCCUUCAUUUUCUAGUGGCAAUGAAGAGCAUCCCUCAGAUCCAAGUGCCAAAAUUACAGAAGAAAGUUUUGACUGUCUGGAUCUGGAGAAAUCAAGCAGUGUUAAGUUUGUCACCCUCUAUCAACGCGAAAGUGCCCUGGCCAGCCUACAUUCUUCAAAUGAUGGCAUUUCAGACUCUGAUAAGCCCAAUACAUCCAAACAGGGGUCUGAAAUGAUGAGGAAGGUAUCAUCGGCUCUGUCCAAAAUGUUUUCAAGAUCUGCUCAUGUUCCCAAGUCUUCCUCACCCUCACCCCCUCAUGGAGAUAGAAGCUGAGGCUGCUACACCUGACAUCAAUAAGCAUGUUGACCUUCCUCAAAAAAUAAAUGGUUUUUGAAAUA